AUGCCAUUCAACGCGACGCCGACGUAUCUCAUCACUGCCGCCUCUGGCAACAUCGGCAGGCACCUUAUCCAUCAUCUCUUCUACAACCAUGACAAAGCAACGAUCGUUCUACCCACAAACAACCCUGAUCGCUUGCAGGAGCAGCUUGGUAGCAUAGCCAAUAACUCUCGAGUUAAAGUCGUUCAUGGUAACAUCCAGGAACCCGGCUUUAUCGAAGCCACCCUCAAGUCUCAUAAUGUCACGGCCGCAUUCAUCUGUCUCAGUGGCGAGAACGAGCUCAUAGUCACGAUGAAUCUUUUCGAUGCAAUCAAGCGUUCCGGGACAGUCAAGCAUUUAGUCUAUCUAUCAGGCUGCGGCAACUAUGAUCUUGAUGCGAUCCGGGCAGGUGGCAUCCGAGAUAACUGGGCCGGGAACACACUCGUCAAGCAUAUCAUUGAAGCCAAGCUGCGAUACGGCACGCCACCUCGAAAUCAGCCUGGUGGAUUCAGUUGGACAAUCCUUGGGCCAAGUCAGUUCUUCAGCAAUGACUAUCGCAGCAAGGAGGCCAUGCUAAAGAACGGCUUCUUUAAUGAGCCGCUGGGCAACAAAGGUGUCAGCAGAGUUGACACCCGCGACAUUGCUCUGGCUGCGGCCAACGCGCUGCGAGACGAUGGGCAGGUCUGGGGGCGCAAGAAGGUCAUGAUUGGAAGCUUGGAGACGUACACGAUUGUCGACAUAGCCAAGCUUUGGUCGGAAGCGCUUGGAACUGAAAUUACUGCGGCAAAGAGUGACGAAGAGGGACUGGCGACUUUCGAAGGGCAUUUCAAACCUUUCAUUGGCCCUGUUUUGGCUAGGAGUAUCACGUUGAUGUAUAAAGGUUUCGAUGCAAAUAGGUUUGGAAUGAAUGAGGCUGAGUAUGAGGAUCAAGUUGCAUUGUUGGGGAAGGCUCCGGCAAGUUACAAAGAAUUUGUUAAGACGACUGCGCAAGAAUGGAAGAACGGAUCCGGCUAA